AUGUCCUCAGGUCAGAUGUACGGGAAUCACUACGGCAAUAGACAUAACGGCUGGUCUGGCAGCCACCACCACGGCCCAGACGAGGACACCUCUACUGAGCGCGACUAUCGGUCUACGGACCCAUCACCUUCGCGAAUGAGACACAUGAGUGGUAUGGCAGACCACAACAUGCGCCAUAACGGCUCCGUUCACACACUCUCCGACCCUGUCCCCAUUCUACCCUACUGGUCCGCAAAGCGUCACCUCACAUGCGGCAACCCAACUCCACCACCACCAUGGGCCCAUAAGAUGGCGCCGUGGCGGUCGACCUCGAAGCUGAAAACCGCCAAUGCUGCACUCGUUCUCUGUCUCAACAUAGACGUCGACCCUCCGGACGUGGUCAAGACCAAUCCGUGCGCCGUGCUAGAGUGCUGGGUCGACCCACACACACUCCCUGCUCAGAAGGCUCUGGACAUCAUCGGGACGAACCUCGCGCAUCAAUUCGAGGGAUUGAGCCCCAAAAUCACAUUUAAGCCGCUCCUGGAUCCCGCGUACGACGAUUUGCGCAAAUACUGCCACUCGCUCCGCAAGACAGCGAAGGAGGAUGCAAUCCUGUUUUACUACAACGGCCAUGGCGUCCCGAAGCCGACACCGAGCGGGGAGAUGUGGUGCUUCAACAAGGAGUACACGCAGUACAUCCCCGUGUCGCUGCAGGAGGUGCAGAGCUGGUUGCUCUCGCCUUGCGUCUACAUCUGGGACUGUUCUGCGGCGGGGCACCUGGUGAACAACUUCCUCACCUUCGCAAAGCGACGGGACAACGACGCUACCCUGAACCGAGGCGGCUACCCUGAAGGGACACCACCGUUCUCGGAAAGCAUACAGCUCGCAGCGUGUGCAGCGGACGAGCAGCUCCCAUCGUGCCCCGAGUUACCGGCUGAUAUGUUCACGUCGUGUCUCACAUCGCCUAUCGACAUUGCAUUGCGGUGGUUCGUGAUGUGCCGCCAUCUACCAGACAACAUCACGCUGGAUAUGGUUAUGCAGCUACCUGGCGACCUCAAGGAUCGCCGAACGCCCCUGGGGGAGCUCAACUGGAUCUUCACCGCUAUCACGGACACCAUUGCGUGGACGACGUUCCCCCGAGAUCUCUUUACGCGAUUGUAUCGGUCCGACCUGCUGGUAGCAUCACUUUUCCGUAAUUUCUUGCUGGCAGAGCGUAUCAUGAAGAGCUAUCACUGUACGCCACAUACAUAUCCUCCGCUGCCGGCUACGAACACGCAUCCCCUGUGGGCAUCAUGGGACCUCGCGGUGGACACUUGUCUGCGGCAACUACCAGAGUUGCUCAAGUACAUGAAGCCUGGCUCGAUACCGGAGGGUUCACUCACGUCACGGAGGUCCACAGCAGCCCGCCAUCCUCCAACGGGGCCCGCGGAACCACCAUACACAUAUAUUCCUAGUAGGUUCUUUAGUGACCAGUUGACCGCUUUUGAGGUAUGGAUAUCUCGUGGUGGCUCGGCACUGACGAAACGUGGCCCGCUAUCCCUCCCCGAAACCAAUGGCGACCCUUCGCAGAACCUCGAGAGCGUCGGCGAAGGUGUAUCGCUACUGCCGUCAGACGUGGAUGCCGUCAACGACCACCACCUCGUGCCGCGCAAGCCACCAGACCAACUGCCGAUCGUGCUGCAGGUCUUGCUCUCGCAGCCGCAUCGACUGCGGGCUCUCAUACUGCUCUCACAGUUCGUCGAUCUCGGGCCAUGGGCUGUGCACCUGGUGCUUGCCAUUGGCAUCUUCCCGUACAUAUCGCGUCUGCUGCAGGCUGCGUCGCCAGAUCUGCGGCCGGUGCUGAUCUUCAUUUGGGCACGCAUCUUCGCGGUGAACCCGUCGUGCCAGGUGGACCUGUACGGCAACCAGGGGUACAAGUAUUUCGCGAACGUGCUUGCGGAGCGGCCGGAUGGGGGCAUUCCGAACAGCUCAGAGCACAAAGCGAUGUGUGCGUUCGUGCUGUCUGCCAUUGCACGCGACUACCUGCAAGGGCAGAAUGCGUGCUGGCGCGAGCAUGUGUUCGACGCGUGCUGCGACGCUCUGGAUGACGGCGACUACCUGUUGCGGCAGUGGUCUGCGUUGUGCAUUGCGCAAAUCUGGGACGGGAACGACGAGAUCAAGAUGUAUGGCGUGGAUUGUGGCACGCAGGACAAGCUCAUCGCACUACUGAAUGACGACGCGUCCGAGGUGCGGAGCGCGGCGCUAUACGCGCUCGGGAUAUUCCUGGGCGCGUCGGGGUCACAAGAUCUGAACAAGCUUGGUGGUGGCGGGAGCGGCACGCAGCUCCAGCUUGAGGAGCGCUUCCACUUGCGCAUGGAGGUCGCUGUGGUCACCGGAGCGACGUUGGCUACCAAAGAAGACGCGAGUCCCAUGGUGAGGAAGGAGCUGCUCGUCCUUAUUAGUUGCUUGGUGAAAGAAUGGAGGGGCUAUUUCAUCAUCUGCGCUUGGAUAUACUGGGAGGAAGAACGCGGAAGGAUGGACCCCAAUCAUUCCAGACUGCAGGAGGAUGAUCCUGCGUCACAGGCGGUUGCAGAAUGGCUGGACGAUUUUGGCGACGACGACGCAUUCCGGGAGGAGAGCCGGGUAUAUCUCUCGUCGUUCUUCACCAUCUUCGCUGUUCUUCUGGAGUUAUCGGUCGAUCCGUACCAAGAAGUAGCCGCGAACGCGCAGACCAUAGUCGACUACAUUGUAGCCCUGCUACUCGAGUCACCAUUCAGCGGCCUUCAGAGCACAACUCUCCAUGAUCCACCCCCGCACAUCGUGAAAGGCUCUACCCGCGGGGCUCAAACCCGUGCUCCGUCGCUUUCCUCAGAGAGGAACCAACAGACCCCGUUGUCACCGUACACAUCUCCCUACUCCCAACCCUCCACUCCCCCACCCUCUGCACCUUCGCAGCGCUCCUCGCCUCACCCAUCACCGCGGUCAACUGCGGAGGUGGAACAUCAGCCCUCGAAUUACUCUCCAUCGGACGUUAUAAAGGCUCUUAUAGAAGAAGAUACCGAGCGUUUGAAGGCGCGUCGCAGGACAGCUUCUCAUCACCGACACCACCACCAUGGCGCCGUCCCGGGAGGCGGGAUGAGUAGCCCUGCCAGUAGCACGUUCUCAAUGGACUCAAGUAUCAUUAUGGGCAUUGGUACCGGUCUUGGCAUUCGCGACGCGCUGCCUCUGAAGAGCAGGUUCUAUGACUGGUGCUGCGACUACUUCAAGGAGCCGCAAAUGAGACAACCGGAAACCGAUGAGCCUGGUAGUGUUGAGUACAACUACCAAAUAUGGCGUCAACAGCGGAACGAGAGAGUACUCGUUACAACUAGGCAACAGGCCGAGAUUGCACCAAACCGUCGAUGGGAUAGGCCAGUGUCCACCAUCCAGAUAACCGGUCUGCCAGUCAACCUGGCAUUCCACUCUUUCGAUCCGCACCUUAUAAUCGCAAAUGAGCACGACACCAUAACUGUCUGGGAUUGGAUGCAGCGCAAGAGACUAAGUCAGUUCUUCAACGGCAAUCCACAAGGGACGACAAUCACCUCACUGCGUUUGAUCAACCAGGAUGUUGGUGGCAUCAUCCUCGCCGCAUCAGACUGGAAACAGACUGGCGGUUCGUUACUCGUGGGAGGCGAUUCCCGCGUGAUCCGCGUCUGGGAUGCGCACACCGAGAGCCAAGUCAUGGAUAUGGACACCAACUCGGAAAGCCCAGUCACAGCAAUCGUCUCCGACGAAGCGUCAACAUCGACAUUCCUAGCCAGCUUCGCAGAUGGUGUCAUCAAGGUUUUCGAUCGACGGAUGGAUGAGGAGGAUGCCGUCAAUGUUAAAUGGCAUCCUUUGCUGAGUGGACAUUUCUUGUCUGGAUCAGUGGAUGGUGAGGUGAAGCUUUGGGACAUCCGGGGAGGUGAACAAGCACUGCAGACGUGGGAUGUGCAUCCACAUGGAUUGUCUGCGUUCGAUGUGCAUGAUCAUACAAACGUGUUUGUCGCCUUGAUCAUCAGCCACACGAUUUGCCACCCAACGCUGCGCCGCCCCCCACAAGCCACAGCUCUGCCGCGCUUCUCCCAGGGCUCGCAAGUCCAGGCAGGUCUACAAGGUUCGCAAUUCGAAAUGGUCCGGGCGCACACGAAACAAACGCCCGACGACAAAGAGAAAUCACACAAAAAGAAAUCAUCAUCUAAGAAGAAAUCAGAGACAGGCCAGUGGCCAUGUAAGAUAAACGGCUGUAACAAAGUCUUUGCGAGAGAGGCAGACCUCAAGCGGCACCAGAGAACAACAAAAUUACAUUCUAUGCCCGGUUUCCACAACGGCGUGAUUAUUCCACCCGUUGAGCAAGACAAUGUCAAGAAUGGCGACGACGGCGAUGGUGAAUCCUCGGGGUCGAAGUCUCCGAGCCCUGAUUCGCCAAAGAGAAGUGGGGGCGAAGCGUCGAGCUCGAAAAGCGUGUCACGUUCUACACAGCCGGUAUCAUCUGGGUCAGGUAACUACUACCGGCAACAUACCAUGACGACAUACCCUCCUCGACCCGGAAUGAUCAUGGAGCAACACUAUCCCCCGUCCAUCGGCCCUCCCACAUCCGCCGCGCGCCUUCACCAAGCUACCUGGCACCAUCCACCUCCAUGGCCCGAAGGCCCUCCUCCUCCUGGCAUGUACCCCAUGGGUCCUCCGGUUCCUGGCUACUACCACUCGCCCUACUACCGCACCCCGCCCGGCAUGAUUCCGUACCCCCCGCCACACCACUACCCGCCGCCUGUGCACAUGAGCCCCGAGUUCGCACACCACUCGCACAUGGUGAACGGCAUGCCGUAUCCGCAGCCAUACCCGCCGGAGGAGCGGCCUGCGUCCGCAGACGGGAGGGAGUCCGAGGGCGAAGAGGAGGCGUCGUCGCAAGGAUCCCCGCCCGCCAUUGACCCAUCACUCGACGGGCACACGGAGGCGCUCCACCCGAGCGCUGCGGAGGCGGCCAAGGGCGACAAGCCGCCUGACGGCCCAUCGCCCGAAGCUUUGGCGGCAAUCGAGGUUGCCCUGGCGACCAUGAGGGCGCGCAAUGAGGAUAUGGAGGACGAUGUGUCUGGCGGGGACUCUGCGGCUCAAAUAGACAAUGAGGAGGCGCCGUCUCAAGAAGGCGGCGGUGGGGAGGAGGAUGGCGGGCAGAAUAUACCGCCGGUGGGUGCUGUGGAUGAGGACAAAUCUGAUGCGGACGCGGAGAUGGAUGUGGAUAGAAGUGCCGAGGCCAGCAGCGGGUCAGCCGAGGCCGCCCGCGAGCAGAGUACGGACGAGAUAGUCACCGAGGACGGCGUUACGAUGUUGAAUCCAGGAAUCGCUAGCAUCGCCCCCACCCUCGUGAAUCUGCAACCCUCUAGCUUCACAUAA